AUGUAUUCCGAGAAACACGACAUGUUUCGCAUACCUGGAUCUGGAGGCCACCUCAUCGGAUCAUGGGAUCUCCACAAACAUAGCAAGAGCCCCAAGUUGCAGAGGGUGUUUUUUCUCUCCUUUCCCGAGCUGAGCAAGGCCAAAAGAGACCUACUAGAUUCUUGCUACACAAGCGAAUAUUUGGUGGAGUCAAAAGCCACUGGUGAAACUUUCUUGAUUAAGAGGUACAGAAAGAUGGCUAGGGUCAUCAAUGGUAUUCCCAAAAUGAAAACAGAGAUUUUAGUGGUGUUCAUCGUACCCGAUGAUGGAUUCGCUUUUUUCACUAGUGACAUUGAAGAUGACUGCGUUUUCCUCUCAAAGUCUGAACCUUUCUGUGUUAACGCUAGCUCCUUUCCUGGCUUGCUCGCUAGCUGCGUCCAAGUCUUCGAUGUCGACGAAUCAGCAUAUGCCUGUAUGAAACGUGUCACCAUUUGCCAUAGUAGAGUUUUUAGAGACGGAUUCAAGGCUCCUUUUUACAUUCCACCUCAAAUUAAAAAAAAUUAA